GAUUUAUUGGGCAGUUCGUCGUUGACAGCUCCAGGUGCGCUUUGGCUUCUGAGGAAAGGGGUGAGCCCAUGCCAACCGCGAAGAAGCCCCUUCACCGUGGAGGUCCCAGUGAAAUUGCAGGCUUAAAGAAUCCGAGGAGGUUUGCUGGCGACUGUCUAAAGUGCGGGAGUGCAGCUUGGCGUUGACAGUUCAGUCUGUGCGGAAAACUAACUUUAAAUCCCACUGAAGAAUAUGAAGAAAAACCGAGAAAGAUUCUACAACAAGGAAAGGGAAUUCGCGUACAAAUUCAAGGUGGGAAAUGAGCGCUUCGAACUGAGAGUGCCCCUCAGGUUUCCCGUGGACGAGAAUGUCAGCCAUUUGCACGGACGUCUGAUGUUGCUGCACAAUCUGCCCUGCUUCAUAGAGAAUGACUUAAAAGAAGCUCUGAGCCAAUUUGUAGAAGAAGAAUCCCUCAGAGACCAUGACAGAGAGGCUGAAGCGUCCUUGGAUGCUGUUAAAUCAGGUGAAGUAGAUCUGCACCAGCUGGCAAGUGCAUGGGCCAAAGCUUACGCUGAGACCACCUUAGAGCAUGCGAGGCCUGAGGAGCCUAACUGGGAUGAAGACUUUGCAGAUGUGUACCAUGACCUGAUCCAUUCCCCAGCCUCGGAAACGCUCCUGAAUCUGGAACAUAAUUACUUUGUUAGCAUCUCAGAACUGAUUGGUGAAAGAGAUGUGGAGCUGAAAAAAUUGCGAGAGAGACAAGGUAUUGAAAUGGAAAAGGUGAUGCAGGAAUUGGGGAAAUCACUCACAGAUCAAGAUGUUAAUUCACUGGCUGCCCAGCAUUUUGAAUCCCAGCAAGACUUAGAGAAUAAAUGGUCAAAUGAACUGAAACAAUCAACAGCUAUCCAGAAGCAAGAGUAUCAGGAAUGGGUGAUAAAACUUCAUCAGGACUUGAAGAACCCCAACAACAGCUCCCUCAGUGAAGAAAUUAAAGUUCAGCCAAGCCAGUUCAGAGAAUCUACAGAUGCCAUUGGAAGGAUUUACGAGGAGCAGAGGAAGCUGGAAGAAAGCUUCACCAUUCAUUUGGGAGCCCAACUGAAGACCAUGCACAAUCUGCGAUUGCUGAGAGCAGAUAUGCUUGACUUCUGCAAGCAUAAAAGAACUCAUGGAAGUGGUGUGAAACUCCAUCGGCUCCAGACAGCCCUGUCUCUUUAUUCCACAUCUCUCUGUGGCCUAGUUUUACUAGUAGAUAAUCGAAUUAAUUCAUAUAGUGGCAUCAAAAGAGAUUUUGCCACAGUUUGCCAAGAAUGCACAGACUUCCACUUCCCUCGGAUUGAAGAGCAGCUGGAGGUUGUCCAGCAGGUGGCGCUGUACGCAAGAACCCAGCGCAGGAGCAAGUGCAAAGAGGCCCGGGAUUCUGGAAACCAAAAUGGAGGAAGCGAUGAUAAAUCCAAGAAUUCUGAGAGAAACUAUUUAAAUAUUUUACCUGGAGAAUUUUAUAUUACACGUCAUUCGAAUCUCUCGGAAAUCCACGUUGCUUUCCAUCUCUGUGUGGAUGACAAUGUGAAGUCGGGAAAUAUCACUGCUCGGGAUCCUGCUAUCAUGGGACUCCGAAAUAUUCUCAAGGUUUGCUGUACCCAUGACAUCACAACAAUGAGCAUCCCUCUCUUGCUGGUGCAUGACAUGUCAGAGGAAAUGACUAUACCCUGGUGCUUAAGAAGAGCAGAACUGGUAUUUAAGUGUGUCAAAGGUUUCAUGAUGGAGAUGGCUUCAUGGGAUGGAGGAAUUUCUAGGACAGUGCAAUUUCUGGUACCACAGAGCAUUUCUGAAGAAAUGUUUUAUCAGCUGAGUAACAUGCUCCCCCAGAUCUUCCGGGUCUCCUCAACUCUCACUCUGACAUCUAAGCACUAAACCCUAAUGUGCUAAACCCUAAUGAGAGCGUUUCUCACCUCUCUGGGAGCAAGAACUCUGCUGGAAUCCUGUCAAGCAGAAGGUGCCCAUUGGAACCUGCAACUCAACCACCUGUUAAGUUAUGAUGGAAGAUAUCAAAUAUUCCAAAAAUGUGUGUAUUUUGCAGACUAGAGAUCAGCUCCCAAUUGAAGCAUUUUCUCAGAAAACCCUUCAUAAAAUAAUAUCUUUUUUUUACUUAUAAGUCCUCUCUGUGAAUGAUAAUGUUAAAAUGUUUAUCAAACAUGGACACUUACCAGCAUGUUCAUUAUAAUUCCAUGGAGCCCUCUUGACUUUCUAAGGCAAGAGUCAUAUCAAAUACAAGCAUAAUUAGUCAUACAUUGUCAAAUCAGAAUUUGAAUAUACAUUGCAAGUAUAUGUUUCUUUGAAAAUGUUUUUGUAGUAAUAUAAAUACACCAGACAAAUGUACUUGUUUUAAAUUCUCCUGUUUCAAACCCUGGCUUUUAAUCUACUCUUUCUAAGGUUGUAUAAAUUAGAGUCGGAGAAGGCUUUGAAUUCUUUACCGCUGUCUCACCUUCCUUCUGUGACCUUACCCCAUCUAUUAAUAACAUUUCGUGGGCUGGGAAACUGUUCUUCUUAGCCAGCCUGAUGUAAGUUAGUCUAAACCUGCACCUGGCAGCAUUACAGUGUUCAGUAACAUUGACACCCGGGGUCAUUUUCAUGGCUCCAUUUUCCCUAGCUUCUGUUCUGUAUCCAUUCUUCUACACCUGCUUCGGUUGCAGAAACUGCAUUCAAAUUUCUGUCCCCGGUGUUUAGCCUCCUUUAUCACAAUUGGCUUUUGGUGCACUCUUCCCUCAGAGGCGCUUGUCAUGUGUCCCAUGUGUAGAUUAUUUACUGAGAGCCGUGAGUGCACUUUUACAAGGCAUCCCAGUAGCACAGACCUUUAUAAAGGCAGAAGCUUCUUCACGUCCAGGGCAGCAGGAUGAAGUGGAGUCUUUGGGUCAGAUGAAGUGGUAUUUCUUGACUUCAAGAAAACAAACCAGCCUUCUCUUAAGUAUGCCAGAGUAUUAGAACUAUGGCAGACAUUCUCUUGUAGACAGAGUGCUUUCCCAUGGAGGGAUGUCUCAUAGUUUGCCACUCAAGGAAAAGAUGUAACACCCAGUCCACACUAUGACCAUCAGACACUAAUUUUUCCAAGUUCUUUGCCAAGGGGCCUGGCACUACUUAUGGAGAUUCUCCAUUUCCUUGAAGAAAUGGUCUUUCGAGCACUAUUGUUCUUGUUGGGAUUAAUUCUGAUGCAGCGGAUAGACAGAAAGCAGAGAUGCAGAGGUCAGGAUCAGAGACUGUUUCUGUUCAUAAGCUGGCAGGUCUAGCUGGGGUAGGUAUCGUGGGGCCAGAGGUGCAGCUCUGUGGUAGGACACGUUUAGCAUGUGUGAACCCCAACCAGGAGUGGUACCAUUCAGAAAGGCCUUAGGAUCUUUCUACAGAUGCUGUGGGACUUAAGAUCUUUAAGGAUCCACCAGCUUGAAGGGUGGCACAUCCAGCUGUCGGGGUGCUGGAGCUGUUCCAUCCACAGAAGUUUGAGGAAUGCUACUGACCAGAUUUUUUUUUUUAAUAACCUCAAGGCUGUUUUACUAAGUCACUUGUAACUUGGGGCCUUCACUUCAUGGCAAUAUAAAGUACAACUUGACCUAUAAAACCAAGGCAAAUUCAUCAAGUAUCCAUUUUUCAGUUGGUGCUGUAAUAUAUAGUAUAGAUCAGCCAUAAGGUUGGGGGAAAAAUCCUACAAUGUUAUAUAUCACUGAAGAAAGCACACCCAAAACCAAGCCAGUAUUAAUACGAUUGCUUGCAGUUAAAUGGUGAGGAUUUUAAUUAUGCUAUAAUUAAGGGAACCUGGAAAUUUAUGUUUGAGCUAAGAACACUAAGGUUAUAGCCUUUUCCCAGUCUUCUAUCCACUUCUUGGACCCCCGGGGAGCACUUCAUGAAGGAGUGUUACUCUGUCACUGUGACAGGAUACUGAGAUAAUCAGCUUACUAAGGGCUCAGCCAGUGGUUACUAUUGCUUUGGUUUUGUGGACACACAGUACAUUCUGGUGGGAGAGUGUUGUCACAGAGGCCUGUUCACUUCAUGGUAGAUGAGGAGCAAUGGAAGGAAAACCUUCCUUUGACUAGAUCACACCUCUUAGCGGUUCUUCCAGUCCCAACUGUACCGCAUUCCAGAUUCAGAUCAUCCCAGAUGAAUAGAUCUGCAGCACUUCUAAUGACAGCAAGGACACAAACAUUCUAGGUGGAGCUGCAGCCAGAGCGAUAGUGACCAGUGUGCGGACAGAAGUGACUUCAGGGCUUGUGUCGGAGUGGUGCUGGUGUGCUCAACAUGACCCGGGUAGGGAAUGUCCGGUGAACAUAGUUUUCUGUUUGUAUAAACAGUCCACUGUUCCUAAGAUAGAUGACUGACCGUGAGGUCCUCAAGGCCUUCAAACCGUGCUUUGGAGCUGAGGCCAGAUGCCGAGCCCGGGACCUCCAUUCCUCACUGCUCCUCCCUGCCCUCCCCACCUGUUCCCGAGUAAAGGGUAGGGAGGCUAUAACCUUUCCAUUGAUCUGCAAGUGUGGCGCCAGCUGGGUCUCAGCACGACACUAGGACCAAAAAUGGAAGAAACACAUGGAAAAGGAAUUCCAGCAGAAGAAUCUCGCUGGCCCAGGAGUGAGCAGUUCUCAUGUUGACACGGCACAGCCCGUCAUUUAUGUCACUUCAGUGGCACCCCACUCCUCACUAGAAAACUCCUCAGCACAGACACAUUUGCAUUCUUGUCUCCGCAGGAGUGGGGGCGGGUGUGUGUGUGUGUGUGUGUGUGUGUGUGUGUGUGUGUGUCAGUGGGGCAGAGAGACAGUCUAGAGACGGCAGCUACUCCAGAGAUUCCACUGAAAUGGUUGUGUCUCUGUGACUUCUCUCCUGUUCAGCUGUACAUCUUUGCCCCCAAAGUACCCACAGCAAUGUACCACUCAUUUUCGUAAAUGUGAAACAAUAAAACGAUUGUUUUUGCAACACCUACAUUCAAAAAAUUCCCACUGUCUUCAGAACCAUUUAAAAAAAUGAUUUUUCCGCCCUUGCACCAGCAAC